AUGCCGCGCGUGGUCGUCUUCAUCGACAGCGACGAAGACGACGAAGGCGGCGGCGGCCAAGCCGGGCGCGUGCUUGGGAAGGGCGCCGCGAUCGCGGGCGGCGGCGAGGCCCUGCAGCCCGUCAACGAUGUGGGCCUCAACCCGGUGGGUCCGGGGGCGCUGGGGCUCGCGGUGGUGCCGAUCCCGCCGCGGAAAGAAAACCCCCGCGCGCUGUCGCGGCCGCGGGAAACAGAGGAGGACGAAGAUGCAGAGGAGGUUCAGGAGCAGGAGAAGAAAAAGGGGGAAGAAGUGGAGGUGAUGGAGGUGGAUGAGCAGGAGGAAAGUGGGUCUGAUACUGAAGUGGCCCAAGAGAGUGAGCAGGAAGAGGCUGCGAAGGGAAGGAGCAAGCAGAAUGGCCAUGGCCAUAGUGAGGAGGUGCAGGUGCAGGUGCAGGUGCAGGAGCACGAGCAGAAAACGGCGGGAGAUAUGGAGGUUAUGGAGGAGGAGGACAGUGGGUCUGGCAAUGAAGUAUCCCAAGAGAGUGAGCAAGAAGAGGCUGUGGAGGCAAGGAGCAGACAGAAUGGCCAUGGUGAUAGUGAGGAGGUGCAGGAGCAGGAGCAGAAAACAGGGGAAGAUGUGGAGGUGGAUGAGGACAGUAGGUCUGGCAAUGAAAUAUCCCAAGCGAGUGAGAAUGAAGAGUCUGUGGAGCGAAGGAGCAGACAGAAUGGCCAUGGCGAUAGUGAGGACGGAUACGAGGAAAGCAAAGAUUCUGCUGCUGUUGCUGAUAAUGAGGAGGAGGUGGGGGAAAAGGAAAUGUUGGAGGAGGAAGGUGACAAUCAAGAAGACAGCCAUAGCAUCUACGAUGGCGAAGACGAAGAAGAAGAUGGUGAAUCCGAAGAUGAUGGGCAUGAAUUGGGUGAAACAGGGGAGGUGCAACCAUUAACGUCCAGCAACGCCAUGGCAGGUGGCAGUGUCAGGUCAGGAGGCGACGGCCCCCGAGUCUUCAAGAGGAGGAUUUUUGAGGGGAUAUGUUUGCUUGAGAACCCUGAUUCAGUUGGAUAUGUUGCCAAGGGUAUCCAAGGGCGGACACGAUCACAGCGAAAAUGCAAGGACAAGAAACUGCUCAAACGUGGAACUUUCAGUAAACCUUACAAUAUUGAUAUUCCAGAUUCGACAUCAGAAUCUGAAGAGGAUAUAGUGCCACCAGCGCUGCAGGGAGGGCUAAUGUCAUCAAGUGACGAGGACAGCAGGAUUUUUGGCAAAAGAAAGCGCAGGAGAGCAAGAAACAAGAGAUGGCGCAAGGGACUGAGUACCAGUAGUGAUGAGUCUAAGGAGUACAGAGCAUAUGCAAGAGAUGCCGGGGGGGCUUUUCGGAGGCUGAAGAAGGGGGCGUCCAAUCUGCAGGUUGGCAAGGGUGGUUCAAAUCCUGGCCGUGCUAAAUACAAUGGUCCAAAUGGCGGGAAUCCAACGGACAUGGCCAAUGCACAGGAUGGUAUUUCCUUCAAAAGAAAGGCACAUACGAUGAGGAUGAAGAAGCGUGGUCGAGCAGCAAAAGACGCUUAUGAUGAGCUACUCAAUACCUUGUUUGCCGGAUGGGAGAAUCAUAUAGAUGUUCCUGAUCAUGCAGAAAAUGGAAAUAGUUUGCCUUUGGUGUUCUCAUUCGGAGAUGAAGAUGAACCAUACGAAAAAACAGAAAAUGAUAAGUAUCAGGAAGAUUUGUGGAGGGAAUGUGGCAUUGCUUUCGAAUCCAUGAAUAUUGGUUCUCAUGAAGAGGUACUGAACGUUCUGAUGGGCAAGCAGUUCCUCCAGCGGAAGAAGCUUCAUGCAAAAACGGGAAGCAUGAAUUCAUUAUCGAUGAACAAAUAG